AAAGUAGGCAAAUAUAUCAAGAAAACCUUCUGGGUGAGAACAGUGUCUCUCCUAUUAUCAGCCUGGAAAUCAUCUCCUGGAUGAUCAGAUGAGGAUACAGCUAUCUCCUCUCAUCAUACAAGUUUACACGAAAAGAAAAGCCGAGACACCUGAAAUAACAUGGAGUAUACAUUCAGAGCAGUGACUCGCAGCCCGGGGAUUAUAAUCUGGAGAGUCGAGAAAAUGGAGCUGGUUCAAGUUCCUGAGAAGUCCUUUGGAAACUUUUUUGAGGGUGACUGCUAUGUACUUCUGUUUACGCAGAAGCUGAAAAGCUCCUUAAGUUAUAACAUCCACUUCUGGAUUGGCUCAGAGUCCACCCAGGACGAGCAGGGUGCAGCUGCUGUGUACACCAUACAGUUGGAUGAUUUCUUAGGCUCAACUCCAGUACAGUACAGAGAGGUUCAGCACCAUGAGUCGGAUACGUUCAAGGGAUACUUCAAAAACGGAGUAAUCUAUAAGAAAGGGGGAGUCGCAAGCGGCAUGAGGCACAUCGAAACUAAUGCGUAUGAUACUAAGAGACUGCUUCAUGUGAAGGGAAAGAAAAGAGUAAUUGCCAAGGAGGUGGAGAUCAGCUGGCAGAAUUUCAACCUUGGAGAUGUGUUUCUGUUAGACCUUGGCAAAACCAUCGUCCAGUGGAACGGACCAAAGAGCAACAAUCAGGAAAGGCUUAAAGGUAUGAUGCUGGCCAAAGACAUCCGAGACAGAGAGAGAGGAGGCCGGGCAGAGAUCAGAGUGAUCGAGGGUGACGCUGAGAGUAGUUCUCCUCAGAAUAUGGAGAUCAUGACGAACACUCUCGGUGAACGACCCUCUGACCUGCCAGAUGGGAUUCCUGAUGACACUGUUGACCAGGAAGUAAAGGGAAAACUCACACUUUACUGUGUGUCAGAUGCAGAUGGUCAGAUGAAAGUAACGGAGAUCGCUACAAAUCCACUGGUUCAGGAUCUGCUCAGCCACGAUGACUGUUUUAUCCUGGACCAAGGAGGCAGUAAGAUCUUUGUAUGGAAAGGGAAAAAGGCAAACAAAGCUGAGAGACAGGCUGCCAUGUCCAGAGCUUUGGACUUCAUCAAAGUGAAAAACUACCCAAUGACCACGAACGUGGAGAUAGUGAAUGAUGGGGGGGAGUCAGCUCUCUUCAAGCAGCUCUUCCAGAAGUGGACCGUGAAAGACCAGACUCAAGGCCUCGGAAAAGUGAACACAAGGGGCAAAAUUGCUCACAUCACACAAGAGAAAUUUGAUGCCUCCCUAAUGCAUGCGAUGCCAGAGGUUGCUGCACAGGAGAGAAUGGUGGACAAUGGUGGAGGUCAGGUAGAGGUGUGGAGAAUUGAGAACCUGGAGCCUGUCCCAGUGGACCCUAAGGGGUAUGGAUACUUUUAUGGAGGAGACUGCUACCUGAUCCUCUACACUUACUUAGUUAACAACAAAAAGUGUUAUGUGCUGUACAUUUGGCAGGGGCGCCAUGCCACACAGGAUGAACUGGCAGCUUCAGCGUUUCAGGCUGUAAACCUAGAUCAGAAGUACAAUGACGAACCAGUUCAAGUGAGAGUAACAAUGGGAAAGGAACCAAGACACUUCAUGGCAAUUUUCAAGGGAAAAAUUGUCAUUUUUGAAGGUGGCACAUCGAGAAGUGGGUGUUCUGAUCCUGAGCCUCCAGUAAGGUUGUUUCAGGUUCGUGGCUCUGACCAGUCCAACACAAAAACCAUUGAGGUUCCAGCCCUGGCCUGCUCUCUGAACUCCAACGAUGUGUUUCUGCUAAAGAGCCAAACAGGAAUUUAUCUGUGGUGUGGGAAGGGCUCAAGUGGAGAUGAGAGAGCCAUGGCAAAGGAGGUCAGCUCUGUGAUAGGCCUCGGCCCAGAAAGAGGUUUUGAAGAGAUUGUAGCCGAGGGUCAGGAGCCUGUUGAAUUUUGGGAGUUGCUCGGAGGGAAAACUCCUUAUGCAAAUGACAAAAGAUUACAGCAGGUGGUGUUAGACCAAGAACCACGCUUGUUUGAAUGCUCCAACAAGACAGGCCGCUUCAUCGUCAGUGAGGUGGCUCAGUUUACACAGGAUGACCUCAGCGAGGAUGAUGUCAUGCUGCUGGAUACAUGGGACCAGCUGUUUCUGUGGAUUGGCAAAGAGGCGAAUGAGGUAGAGCGCAAAGAAGCUGUAGUCACGAGCCAGGACUACCUGCGCACCCACCCUGGAGAAAGAGAUCCGGACACACCCAUCAUCCUGAUCAAGCAGGGCUUCGAACCACCCACGUUCACUGGCUGGUUUGCUGCCUGGGAUCCCUCAAAAUGGAGCGGAGGAAAGAGCUAUGAAGAACUGAAGAAAGAACUAGGAGAAGAUGAAACACCUGUUGUUGUAAAAAUUGAGGAAAUCACUGAGACGGUAAAAACCUUUCAGCCUUUUCCACCCAACAUGUUGGUCAACAAGGAACCCAACGAGCUGCCUAAAGGGGUGGACCCCUCCGAGAAAGAGAAGCACCUCUCUGAUGCUGACUUCUCCAGCUUGUUUGGGAUGACCAAAGACAACUUUGCGAGCCUGCCUCAGUGGAAACAGCUGAACCUGAAGAAAAAGACAGGCUUGUUUUGAUAAAAGUCUAUUUCUGAGUUAAAAAGUAAACAGCAGCUUAUUUUCUAUCAGGAUUACACUUUUUACAGUAGUUCUUGAUGGUGUAUCACUCUUACUGCCAUUUAAAUCCUACUUUUUAUGAAAGCUUUUUGCUAAAUUCACACAGUCGAUGGGUUUUGUGAAUGCAGCGCCCUCAGUUAUUAUUGGCACCUCUGUUAAAGAUGUGUAAAGACUCUUUACCAACUAUAUGCAAUCAACAUUUCUCCUACAGUUCUGGAUAUUUUGACCCCCUCCUGACUGGUUGCUAGAUUAACAAUUCCUUGUUUUAAACUGUUUAUUUUACUUUUUAUUAAAAGAAAAUUUGUCACUGCUCUGAUUGUACAGCCACGCAAAAAGAUUAAAACAAUUCGGAUACGUUUUUAUUAGGAAACAAUUAAAGUCUAAUCUAACUGUUAUGUUUGAAACAAAAGUAUAUAAUCACUGGUAAAUACUUACAUUUAACCUUCUUUUAAGCAUCAAACUAAAUAUUUCAACAAAAAUACACUUUUUGGAAGAGGAAAAAGUUAGGACACUCUACCCCCUAAUAGCCAGUUCUAACCCCUUUGGCUGAAAUAAUUUCAGAGAGAUGCAUCAUGCAGCCAUCUACCAGUCUCUUCAGAUACUUUCAGCUGUGAGAUGUUUGAGAGGUUUCUUGCAUGCACAUCCCUAUUCAAGUCACUACACAGCAUCUUAAUGAGAUCAAGCUCUGGGGAUUCCAUGAGAGUGAGCAAAAUGUCCCCAAACCAUGAAAAUGUCUGCCUCCACGCUUUACAGUUGGUAGGAGGUUUUCAUUUUCAUGGCAAACACAUUAUCUGUCCUGGUGUCCAAAUCAUUCAGUUCCAGGUCAUUUAUUCAGUUUUUAUUGCUUAUCUAUAAUACUUAAAUGUUUUAGGGUUUGUAAAAUGUAUAUUAAACAUCCAUAUUUUCCAUAUGUUAUAUAUGCAGGCAACUCAUAUCUCUCUUUCUUGAGUGCCAUGUUCUCUUGUCUUUUCUAUUUUGAAGAAUUUAUUAUUGAAAAGGCUUGUGUCAUGUCAUAUUUAUUACUAAUUAAAUGGCCCUUAAUGGUCUGAUCAACCUAAAAAGGUAAAAGUUAAUGACAAACUAAAAAAAUUAUAUAUAUUAGUGGUGAUUUUUUUUAAAUACAUACAUACAAACACACAACACAAUUAUUUAUUAACAUAGGAUACUUUUCCACUUUUUUCCAAUAUUUGUUUAAAGUAUUGACUUCUCCACUAAAUAAAUGUACUACAAUUAAAGGUUUAAUUUUUCUAAAUGUUUAACAGUGAGAUUAUGGCUCAAAAUUUUAUUUUAAUUGUUUUUACAACUUUUAACAGGGAUAAACAGUCAAUAAAAUAAUGGGUAUUUUAUGUAUACUGCUGACUUUUAUUAGCAUUAAACCCUUACAAAGGGGGAAAUGUAGUGUUUUCUAUCGAACUCAGACAUCAAGAUUUAUCUUAAAAAGCAAACUAAGUGUAUAGAAGCUGUGAUUUUUCUUUAUCGGGGUUCUGCUUUGCUAUCUGUUGGACAAGCACUGAAACAUGUUAUACAGAAGGUUUCUUUUUUCUGUCAGCAUUUUCCUAGCAAUGUGGGUUUUGUCAGUUCCUUGUCAAUUUUGCAUUACUCAAUACUCUGCACAGGAUUACUUUCAGUAUAUGAUUUAAUUUAGGUCACAUUCUUUAAACACUAAUCACAAUAUGGCUAAUUUAGUUCCUUUUUAAGUGUCAAGCUCCAAUAAAGCUGCACGUGAAAGCAUUUCCUUAUGUUUCAGCUGAAUGUCUGAAUGUUGAAUAAACAUAAACACAAAAGGCA